AUGGAGCGUCUGCUUCUUGCUUUCGUCUUUAUCGGAACUGCUCUGGCUUGCUCCCCAGUGCCAGAACCCAAAGUGAAAGGGAAAGGGCACGAUAUCGUGUACGUUUCUUUAGUCACCAACCAAACAUACAAUCCAGCGGGAAUCAGCACAUUCUUGAGCGACUUUUCCAAAACAGAGAUUCAACAAUAUUCUGCGUCAGUUGGAAACUUUUCAGAUCUAAACUGUACCAACACGGAUGGCUAUUUCACCUGGACUUUCAAACUUACGGAUGCUAACUGCUCUAUUGUGAAGGCGUGGGUGAACCAGAUCGUGAACAGCUCGAGCUUCUACCAAUAUGGAGAAACUUCAUGCGGAAAUGGAAACGUAACAGCGUACGUUGUACUAAUCACCGACCAAAAAUACAUGCCAGAGACUGUCGACUACGACAUGAGCUUCUUUAACCAAACACAAAUUCAACCAUAUUCUGCGUAUGUUGGCAAAUUUACAGAUCUAAACUGUACCAACGUGGACGGCUUUUUCUCCUACACUUUCACACUUUUGAACGCCAAUUGCACAAAUGCGAAGGCGUGGGUGUGGGAUAUCGUGUACAACGGGCAGUACUUCUUAAAUGGAACUGUUACAUGCGUCCAUGCAGGACAUGCGUCAAUUCCAUGGGAACCAACAAUGACGAACGACCCGGCAAGUCCAGGGACAUCGGCGAACGAUAACUUGAUUGAAAUAAAAACACCACCAACAACAACGACAACAACAGCAACACCACCAGUGAUGCUUCCAGGAGGUGCUCUUCCAGUCGCACCAGUCGUUAUACCAUAUCAGUCGGAUUAUGAAGAAACAGUAGAGCAUGUAGAAGAGUCUGUGUCUUCAUUCAAGAGCAUGUCCAUCAUGAACCUUUGA